AUGUCGGAUCUCACCCCUCGACCCAUAGUCACCUCCCCUACUCUCCCCGCUCCCUCCUUGGACGCUCGCUGGGUUCACGCAGGAGCUCAAUACCUCGACUUACUACCCACACCCAUCACUUCCGCCUCCACCUCUUACAAAGCCUUUUCCCCUUCAGAAUCUAAAAGGAUAGAGGCCAGAUGGACAUCACUACCUCUGCUAGAACGUCAGCUGGCCAUCAAAGAAUGGGGAGCAGCAGAGGGGGAAGGUGCAAGCAAAGUCAAGAAAGAACACGGAAGGAGCGAGAGCACCGCGUCGAACAAUGACAAACGUCGAUCUUCUUCAAAAGAUAGAGAAAAAGAUAGAGGCGUGCCGGAUGCAGAGGUCAUAAGGAGUGGAGAGGAACAACCCACUGAUGGAGAGGUGGACGGAGAGGGUAGGUACAGAAAUAUCAUGGCGGAUGCGCAGAAAGAGUAUGAGAAUUUGGAAUUGAUUGCUGGAGUCCCUGUCAGUCAGGACUCACUGUUCGAGGUCGACCUCAAAACACUUUCCCUUCAUCCAGUCUUCUGGGCGCACACCGGACCCCGGGUGAGUGUCAUGAGAGGGACAUGGUUCGUGACGGACGAAACAAGGCCUUGCUCCUGGGAUCUGGGAGAGGAAAUUGAGAGGGGUUAUCUAGAGAUAAAGCCAUGGCUCCCUUCUUACAAGGAUGAGUUGGCCGCGGCCACUGCUCUAGGUCCAGCCGCAGAGGAGAAAUUGAAAUAUGCGCUUCCUAUCCGAUUUGGGCCUGGCUUAGGGGUGAUAUUUGAAGAUGGGGAGAAAGGACGACUCCUCUCAAGUGGUGCUUUAAACUACCUCUCUCGAGCCUUUUGGUCAACACUACGCACAAAACCCUCUGGCACUUAUGUCUAUCGCGGUUACAAAGCUGCCAAGAUGGCUAAAGAUGACAAAUCGUCCAUCAGCAGACGAGGUAGCAAUGCCAGUGUCCGGUCACAGGAGAGAUCAUCUCGAGCCUCUUCUAUCAUUGACGACAGACUUCAGCCUGAGAUAGGUAAAGGAAAUCGGACUGGUAGAACAGACGCGCCAGAAAGGUCCUCGCAAGAUGAUGACGAGAAAAAGGGUCAGUCAUCGACAGAUUCCGCCGUGUCAGAUGCCAAAACUGCAAUGAGGGAGGAACGAGAACCUAUAGUGGAUGCGGAUGAUAAUGAUACGCCUUGUACGGAUUUGUGUCUAGUCAUACAUGGUAUAGGCCAGCAAUUGGCUACCCAGUAUGAGUCGUACAACUUUGUCUACGCUGGUAACCAACUUCGUCAGGUUUUGCGGAAACAAGCUGCCAACCCUGCACUGGCAUCGAUCAUCCGAGACCGACGGAUACAAGUCCUGCCUGUCCAAUGGCGAGCAUUGUUAGACCUUGAGGCGGAGAAGACGGCCGAAGAUCAGGAGCACGAGAUGGACAAUCGCUUUACGAUGAACGACAUAACUAUCAACAAAUCCAUUCCAUAUGUCCGGGAACUGACCAACGCGGUUCUUCUUGACAUCCCCCUCUUUAUGUCGCACCACCGGAGCAAGAUGAUCGAAGCGGUUUGUCUUCAAGCGAAUCGAUUGUACAGGUUGUGGAUCGCUCGAAAUCCAGAGUUUGAGAAGAAUGGAAGAGUGCAUAUCAUUGGUCAUUCUCUCGGUUCUGCCCUCGCCGCUCACAUCCUGUCGAACCAGUCCACCAAGAUGCCUAACAUGUCUCAACUUCCGAAACAAGUGAUAACUCAGACCCGGAAUCGAUUUCUGUUCAACACCUCGGGCUUCUUUCUCGUGGGAUCACCCCUCGGCGUCUUCCUUCACCUUGACCAAGCGCAAAUAAUGCCACGAAAAGGUCGAGAACGUACCAUGCAUUCACCCCAGGAUGAAGCGUUGGAUCGAGCUGGAAAGUUUGGCUGCAUGGCGGUUGACUCGAUUUACAACAUCUUCUACCUCAACGACCCGAUAGCGUAUACGCUUAACGCUGCUGUGGAUGUGAAUCUGGCUAGGGAACGAAAGCCUCUAGCUAUCACCAGUGUCACUGCGCCUUUUUACACAACGGUCACGGAUGGACUGUCUCGAUACCUUCCUGCUAUUAUUGGAGGUGGAGGGGAGAGAAAGCUGUUACGACCUGGUACGAUCAGACUUCCGAGUGGGAUAGAAAUGUCCGGACCGACGGGGGAGGAGAGACUUAAAGGGACUCGAGGGGAAAGAAGGUUUUCAGCUUUGAACCCUCAUGGCAAUCUGGACUUUUAUCUCGCUUCUGCUGGUAUGAGCGAGUAUCUAGAUAUGAUAACGGCUCACGCUUCAUAUUGGACGGAUCCAUCGUUUGCCGCAUUCCUGUUGGCAGAGGUAUUCUCAACCAAAUGGGACCUGAUACGGACGGGAAUGGGAUUGGCGGAGCAAGUGUUACCCCCUGGCACUAGCAUAUGA